CAGGUAGAGGUUACCUCUAAGCAUGUGCAGAGUGCCCGCUCCAUCCGCCACUUGAAGGGUGACAGCUGGGGGCGAGGCGCUGCUCCGAGGAACAACUGCUUCCCUUGGGGAAUCAAGGGCAGAGUAGGCAGUAAUGCUUUAGUCAGGAUGGGGUCGGCGAGCGGCUAGGAAAGAGCAAGUAGGGGGGAGGAAGAGGCUGAAAAGUGGCUCAUCUUGGGUGCCGGGAAGAGGUGGCUUUGUGGGUGCUGGUGGGGGGAGGUCUGCUUUAUCCAGCCAGCUAUGAGCCUUGGAAGAAGUGGUGGGUCAUGGGAGCGAAAGUUGUCUCUUGAAGGAGCUGGGAAGUCUGCUGUCAUGUAUAUACCGUAAUUCUUUUGGAGGGGUGGGUGUGUUUAUGUGUUAAUGCGCGUUCGGUUUCCUGGACUUCGGAUUAACUCAAGGUGUUGGGUCUGUCGGCGGAGGAGGGAGAUGUUUGCUCUCCGUACUUCCUCCAAAAAGUGUGAGAAGUCUACGCGCGCCCCGAUGUAGGUUAUUGCCCCUGAAGUAUUUAUUAGGUACAUUCUGCAGGCCCUGCCUCAAUGGCGGGGAGCGUCUGGAGAGGCGCGGAAAAGGAAAUAAUUGUAGGGCUGUUGCAGGUGGUUUGGAAACCCAUGCUGUUCCCUCAACUACAAGGAAAACGGCUGCUGAAAGCUAGGGUCCCAUCUGCCCUACGAAUUUUAAGCGGUUUUGUACCGCUUUAAACAGUCAUGGAACCCCCUCCCCUCCCGCCCAAGCAUCCUGGGAAGUGUAAGAGGACUGAAAGUUGUGAGGAGAGUUGAGCGUCAAUUCUCGGAAUUUCCUGGGAAGAAGGAUUGAUUGUUAGACCUCCCUGAGAUUGGGAGCUGAAUGUGUGUGGGAGGGGGGAGGGCUGUCUCAUGACAACUCUCAGCACUCUUAUAAACUACUUUGGGGAAAACGCAUGCUGGUUUAAGGCGUUUUUUUUAAAAAAACUCCUUUGCAGUUUAUGUUGUUGUUUUUUAAAUCAAGCGGUGUAUUUAUUUUAGGAAAUAAGUAAAAUAAAGUGCUGUGAUGCAGCUUUAAGAGUAUACUGACGAUGGGGGUUCUAGGGCAGUAUGGCAGCUGUCACCUAUGCAGAGCUAGCUGAUAUGGUGUUAUCUAGGGUGCAUUGUUCUUGGUUCUUCCUAUCAUUCAACAAGGAAGGGUUGGGGCCACAGCUGACAUCCACAUGCCUUUUUUUGUGUGGGGGUGGUAUCCCUGUUGCUGGAAGUUAUCAAUUGGGAAAUCCCCUAUUUUUCCCCUCUCUUCUCUCACCCGACCUGGCACCACUUCUUUAUCUGGCUAUACAAACACAGUGUCCCUGAACAUGAGUCUUCAUAAAAAUCAGAUUUAAAAACAAAGCAAAAAAAAAACUCAACUAAACUUAAAAAAAAGGCUGACAGGAAGCUUCUGUUUGCACAAGUGUCUCAAUAGGCCAAGUGUGGGGGAGGUUGCGUUAUGGUGCAAAAACAGCUCUGCUGCAAAGCUGGCCAGUCCAAGGGUUAGGAUCUGGCGGUGCGGCCUUGAAACCUCUGUCAAUGUUUACCUUUCUGUUUCAGAAGGAAGGCCUUCGCUACUUUCGAGGUACUUCGGCUUUUUGCUCUGGAUUGCAUUACCAGGUUUUGAUGGGGAGAGGAGGUGCUUGGCUGCUUCCAAGGUUGCCUGGGAUGCCUGCUGGAACUUGCAAAUUCCCAAAUUGUCCUUAAGAAGCUUCUAGCAAUAAUUUAAGAAUGUGCUCCUUCACCAGAGCAUUCAGAUCUUUCAGGGGGGUUCUUGCAUGGUUAGGGAAGUGGCUGAAGACGGAGCUUGCUCUUUUGACUGUGGGUUGCACAGGCGGGUUUUUCCGUUAGUUUAUCUGACCCAGGGAUCCCUUGUAUAGACAUUACAAUGGCUAUUUAAUUGAGGGGGCAGGGUUAGCGAUGAUCACUUUCUCCUGCCUACGGCAAGGUGCUUGCUUUCUUAACAAGGGAUGAGGAACUGUGGCCUUUAAGAAGUCAGUUGGCUCCAUCCUGGACGCUUUGGUCGCUGUCAUCAUCCUGGACCAUUGACCAUCCUAGCUGGGGCUGAUGGGAGUUGUAGUCCAACAGACCCUGGAGGGCCACUGUCCCUGGUUUAGGCAUUGGGACAUAUUCCUGCUCCUGUCCUCCAGGUGAAAAAGGUGGAAUAAUUUCCGUAUCACAGGAUAACCACAGGGAAAUGGAAGUGAAGAGCAGCAGCAUAGGCUGAGAUCUUGCAAAGAAGCAGGAAUGUCCUGCUGUUUUCAGCUGAUCUGGGCACUUAAAAGAUGCAGUAAUAUUGCAUACCCUCCAACAUUUUCCCGAUGAAAAUAGGGACAUCCUAUUCCAUAAUAAUAAUUUAUUAUUUAUACCCCACCCAUCUGACUGGGAUGCCCCAGCCACUCUGGGCGGCUUCCAACAUAUAUAAAAUUUUUAAACUUCCCUAUUCAGGGCUGCCUUCAGAUGUCUUGUAAAUAGGUUGUAUAGUUACUUAUCUCCUUGGCUUAGGGGUUGCGUACCCUCCAACAUUUCUCCUAUGAAAAUAGGGACAUCCUAAGGAAAAGUGGGAUAUUCCAGGAUCAAAUAAAAAACCGGGUCGGCUUCUGUAAAUCUGGGACUGUCCCUAGAAAAAAACAGACACUUGGAGGGUCUGAUAUUGAUGUUCCAGUGCCCUGAUUUCCAUGAUGUUGACUGUGAUGUUUGCUGAGAGCCAGUAUUCUUUCUCUGUCUCUUUCUCCCCCGCUUCCCCACCCCCCUCUGGUUUGCAGUAAGUCAGUUUUAUGAUUCCUGGCUGACUCCUGCUGCUGCUGUUCUCCCAGCUGACGUCUCCAAUGUCAAAACCACAGUGCAGUGUUUGUCUCUGGCCUGAGUUUAUAGAAGCAAGGUGCGAAAGAAGCAACAUCUUAUAGAGGAGCUUGGUUAUAAAGAUCAGGACAGCUAUUCUGUAAGCAUAAUAACCCAUCAUGAUCCACCACAAAGCCCUUGGCUACGUGGAACAAAUGGAACUUGUUAAAGGUCACACAUGCAAAACAACUUUGCUUUCAUUUUAAUUCUUUUCCCAGAAUAAAUAGAAAUGGGAGCAUUUAUUCGGCGGGGGGGGGGGGUACUCAAUGCGGCUUUUAAAAGUUUGACAAAGUCUGCCAGCUAUUAGGAACUGGUCCUGCUUGGAAGUCUGGAUUUCUAAUGAGUCCUUUGCCAGAGGCAUGCCUGUUUUACUUUAGCCAGUUGAAGUGAGGCCCUUGAGUUAAACCAAAGCUUUUGCCCCAUAUGUCAUGUGAUAGUCCUGUUAACAGGUAUUGAAAUGAAAUUGUGUGCCUAUGUUCAGGACAUACUUCUGCAUCUUAAGUUUUAAUCCCAUGCUGUUUUGUCUUCUUUAAAAUGCACAUGUAUAAAAUGCAGCAAAAUAACAUAUCUUUACAAUCACUAAAUUUAUCUUAGACCAGUGGUUCCUAAUUAGGGGUCCGGGGACCCAUGGAAUGCACACAGGGAGUCCGUGCCCCUAUCCCUUACCUACUCCCAAGUAACAUUUUGUAUUUUUUUUUGCAUAGUAAUAUCACUAAUUUUAUUGUCUGUUUUGGUGCUGUAUAAUUUUUCUUUUUCUUUUUGUAAUACAUUUUUAUUAGUUUUCAAUUACAGUCCAAUAAUAGCCUCAUUAUAACAAUGCCAAUUUAUAAUACAUUUAUUAAUACCAAUCAUUCAAAUACUGAAUUAUCUAAUUUAGUUAAAGUGGCCCCAGGUGCUAGAUUUGAUGGUUUGAUGAUUUUCUUUAUUUCUGCAUUCCAAAAUCUUAUUAGUUUCAAUUACAUUCCAGUCAUAAUGAUAAUCCCUUAUACAACAGCAAUAUUAAUAACUUUUAAUCGUGUUGUCACAUUAAAUGAUUUAUAAAAUUGCAAGUGAGGAACUCAAGCUAUAUCCUUGCUCUUCCUGUGUGUGGCAAUUAUUUUGCCCAUGGUGUUUCUUCCUGUCCUUGUAAGAUGUUAUGUCUUUCUUUCCUCUGAUCGUUGCUGUUAUCCGUCAUGCCUUUAGCGGAGCUGAUAUCCCAUUGUUGUUUCAGAAAUUUCUCCAUCGCUCCAUCCCAUGCUUCGUUGUUUUGCACUGAGAACUUUAACAAUAGCUGCAAAAGUCACUCUUUCCCAGUAAAUAAACUGUUGUCACCAUUUUUCUUCUCCGCCUGGGAAGAAGAGCGGUCUGUCGAACUGCAGAUGAUUCAGUAAAGAACCUUAGCAGCUACUUGGCAGUUCACAGACUCCUUUCAUCCUUCCUUCCUGCUGAAGAUAUAUGAGCAAUUAUACUUCCAAUAAAAUUAAAUUUCAUGUCCUCUUGGCAUUGUUCACUUUUUAAAUAAUAAAGGAUGGGGAAGAGUCAGUUCUAAGUUUCCAUCAUAAACCUUUUGCAAAAUAGAGCUUCCCUCCCUUUCCCCCCUUUUUACACACACAUUUCCGUUUGAUGUUAUAUUCCAUGUUUAUAAUCCUUUUUCUUCCAUCCUUGCUUGUAAAAAUAUAAUUUGAACCUGUAGGCUUCCCCCCCCCCCAGUCAUUUGCACCAAAUGAAGUCUUAUCUCAAGUUCAAACCUUCUAUCCUUGCAGUUGGUUUGUUCUGCACUUUGUGAUCUCAUCUCUUCUAGCAUGUGCCUGUACUUUAGUCCAAAUUAAGCUCUAAUUAACAGGAGAACCUCUGCUUCUUAAUGGCGCCGCUGGAGGGUUUUCGGCAGGUGAAGUGCUUUUGCACUCAGCGUCUUCCUGCCCCCCGCAUUCCAUGCACUGUUUUAUUCUGCCUAACUUGUAGAGUUGGAGAGUGCCUUGUAGUCCACACACACCCUGCACCAUGCAGGACAUUCAGAGCUAGAGUGCCCCAUAUCUCAGGUGGUGCAGUGGGUCAGCAUACUUGGCAGGUGGUGCAGUGGGUCAGUAUACUUCUUAACCAGAAGGUUGGUGGUUCGAGCCCACCCAGGGACAACUGUGGGCAGGAUUCCUGCAUCGCAGGGUGUUGAGCUUGGUAAAUCUAUGGGUACCUUCCAAUCAUACAGUUCUGUUAUUCUAUGAAUAGGUGACUGCCAAGCCACUGAUUGAAGAUCUCAGGCUGACAGGCCAGGAGAGGGCAUUUUUCUGUGGCAGCUCCUCAUCUGUAGAACUUCCUUCCCCACAGAGGUGUGUCUGGCACCUUCAAUAGGGAGCUUUUGGUGAAUGCUGAAGACAAUGCCUCUUCACUGUGGCUUUUGACACUCGAUAGGUCUUAUUUUUAGGGACGCGGAUGGCACUGUGGUCUAAACCACUGAGCCUGGGGCUUGCCGAUCGGAAGGUUGGCGGUUCAAAUCCCCGCGAUGGGGUGAGCUCCCAUUGCUCGGCCCCUGCUCCUGCCAACCUAGCAGUUUGAAAGCACGUCAAAGUGCAAGUAGAUAAAUAGGUACCUCCCUGGCAGGAAGGUAAACAGUGUUUCCGUGCACCGCUCUGGUUUCGCCAUAAGCGACUUAGUCAUGCUGGCCACAUAACCUGGAGAAACUGUCUGUGGACAAACGUCGGCUCCCUCAGUCAGUAAAGCGAAAUGAGCGCCGCAACCGCAGAGUCGUUCGUGACUGGACUUAACUGUCAGGGGUCCUUUACCUUUACCUUUUUAUGUCUUAUUUUUAGUACCCAACUUGUUUCUGCGAUUGUAGGUGGUUUUGAACUGCUUUUAAUGUUGUGCAAUACUGUGUUUUAGUGUCAGUAUUGCAUUUUAAUUGUUGUACCAUGGCCUGGCACCUUAGGGUAAAGGGCGGGUAAUAAAUUGUAAUAUUUAUGAUAAUAUCUCCAGAGAGAGAGAGAGAGCCAGCCCACCUGCCAGGCAACAGUUUCCAGCAUCAAACUGAUCUAAUCAUAAAGAACUUUUUAAUGUACAUCCAAAAUCUAAUCCUGCCCUCUGGGACGUAGAGAACAAGACUUUGUCAUAGCACUCCUUCAUUACCUGAAGGUAUUUUCACACAGCAGCCGCCACACCCCUCAAGUCUUGGCUUCUCCAGAAUAGAUAUCUAAGUCUGUAGCAUCUUCUUUGACAAUACAGUAUGUCUCUAUUUAGUUUGCAUUCCGAGUUUCCCAGGGUGCUCAGAAGGGUGUGUCAUAAUGUUUCUCAUAGAAAUGGCGAGAAUCCCAGAGGCCAUCCCUUCAAAUGAGUGGAGAAGUGUCACUCAACUACCGGUAGGAGAGGCAGAAAGUUCAGUGGCUGUCUUUAUUUCGAAACAAAUGCUUUCAGUUUUCUUUGCUUGUUGUGGCUCUCCCAGCACUUUGCUUUUAGUGGUUCCUUUGCCAUGUGCACAGGAAACGUUUCUCAAAGUGAGAAGUGGCCAGUGCAUUCAAAGCUGCAUUAUCUCCUUCCACGUGCAGAAGUGCUUUCAAUGGUUUCUUGGUGUACAGUAUCUGGUUUCUGUUCUGCGCCUCUCUCUCUUUUUUAAGCCUAUGAAGAAUCCUGCUGCAGCAGGCCAAUGGCCCAUCUUGUCCAGCAGCAUAUUGUAUCUCAGAGGACAUUUAUCAGCACCCUCCCUCAUCCCACUCCUUCAACUGCUUGAAGAAAAGCAUGGGCGUGUUGACAGAUGGGACCCCUGCAGAUUCAGCUUAUUAACAACCAUGUGCAGAAAGCUCACACAGCCUGUAACCACUGUUAGAGGUGGUGUUUGUCUUGGGGAUCCCAUCUUUAUGGACACCAUCUAGCUCACUGGCCUCAUUUGCUUAUACAGUGGUACCUUGGAAGUUGAACGGAAUUCGUUCCGGAAGUCUGUUUGACUUCCAAAAUGUUCGGAAGCUCCUUCGGACAUCCGGGCUCCAAAUAACGUUUGCAAACUGGAACACUCACUUCCAGGUUUGCGGCGUUCGGGAGCCAGAACGUUCGGCUCGCAAGGCGUUUGGGAUCCAAGGUACGGCUCUAAUGCUAAGCCCAAACCAUAGCUUAGUGAGCAAUUGCAGCCACUUCACUACCCUCCACCCCACAGUCCUGCCGCUGAGCUUAGUGUGUCAUCCAAACCAGCACUCGUGGUUUGUCUCCUCCAAACAAACCAUGGACAGUUAACUAAGUACAAACCUUGGAGCCACUUGAGUUCACAUACAGCACUGAGCCAAAUCAGGGCUUUGCUCUGGGUAGCCUGACAGCAUCAGAACCACAGGAGGAGUGAAGCAGUCAGCUUUUUCCCUAGGCACCUGUACCUAUGCAUGUUCUUGCUGUGUUACAUCCAAACCAGACAAGGGACAAAUUUCAUGCAUAUAUAUUUUUUAAAAAACAAAACAAGUCAAGUCAAGUGUCUUAAUUGUGCUUUUAUAUUUUAAUAGGUUUUGUUUGAUACGGUAUUUUAAUAGUUGUAUUUGUUUUGUGGGCCACUUAGAGAAUUUAUAUUAUGGAUUGGCUAUGUGCCACCUCCCAGUACUUAAAGAAGUUCUGCUUCUUUAAAAUCUUUCUCUUGGCCCAGCUUGGCUUUUGUGCAAGCGUGAUGAGUCUGCUGCUUGCAAUGGGGAAUCAAAAGCAUUUCCUGAUCCACUGUGCAGACUGCUGGCUUCUUUCACUUUCCAUUCAUGGUCUGAAAAAAGAAGACGGCUCUGAAUUGUGCCAUGGUGGUCGUUGUUCUGUGAGACUGAAUGUCUACCCUCUCCCUUGCCUGCUGCCGACUUAUUUCAAAUGAUUAUUGACCCUCAGGAAACUGAAACAUUGGAACAGACAAUAACAGUUCUUUCCUCCUGGGCUUCAUAGCUAGCUUCCAAAUGACCUGUGCGUGGAACACAUCUGAAGGCAACUUCCUUGUCUCUGGGGCAGUUCCCAGCAGAGUCUGCCUCCUGCAUUUCCUGUAAGCCCCUUUCCUGCUUUGGGGGCAAAUGAGAACAGAGAUUGAGAAUUCAUCCCGUGCUUACGAGUCAGGACUUUAAAGGUUUCCAGAGUCAGUGGCCAAGAUGGCACAGUGGAACCAGCUGCAGCAGCUGGACACCCGGUAUUUGGAGCAGCUCCACCAGCUCUACAGCGACAGCUUUCCGAUGGAGCUGCGGCAGUUCCUUGCACCCUGGAUAGAGAGCCAGGACUGGGCCUAUGCUGCCAGCAAGGAGUCCCACGCCACGUUGGUGUUCCACAACCUCCUGGGGGAAAUUGACCAGCAGUACAGCCGCUUCCUACAGGAGUCCAAUGUCCUCUACCAGCACAACCUGCGCCGGAUCAAGCAGUUCCUGCAGAGCAGGUACCUGGAGAAGCCCAUGGAGAUUGCCCGCAUCGUGGCCCGCUGCCUCUGGGAGGAGAACCGGCUGCUGCAGACAGCAGCCACGGCAGCCCAGCAAGGUGGGCAGGCAAACCACCCUACGGCUGCCGUGGUGACAGAGAAGCAGCAGAUGCUGGAGCAACACUUACAAGAUGUCAGGAAAAGGGUGCAGGACUUGGAGCAAAAGAUGAAAGUGGUGGAAAACCUCCAGGAUGACUUUGACUUCAACUACAAAACCUUGAAGAGUCAAGGCGACAUGCAGGACCUGAACGGGAACAACCAGUCGGUGACGCGACAGAAGAUGCAGCAGCUGGAGCAGAUGCUGACAGCCCUGGAUCAGAUGCGGAGGGGGAUUGUGAGCGAGCUGGCUGGGCUCUUGUCAGCCAUGGAGUACGUGCAGAAGACGCUGGUCGAUGACGAGUUGGCUGACUGGAAGAGGAGGCAGCAGAUCGCAUGCAUCGGUGGCCCACCCAACAUCUGCCUUGACCGCCUAGAGAACUGGAUCACAUCCCUUGCUGAGUCGCAGCUUCAGACCCGCCAGCAGAUUAAGAAACUCGAGGAGCUCCAGCAGAAGGUCUCCUACAAGGGUGACCCCAUCGUUCAGCACCGGCCCUUGCUGGAGGAGCGCAUCGUGGAGCUAUUCAGGAACCUCAUGAAGAGUGCAUUUGUGGUGGAGCGGCAGCCCUGUAUGCCAAUGCACCCGGAUCGCCCACUGGUUAUCAAAACUGGAGUACAGUUCACGACAAAAGUGCGGUUACUGGUUAAAUUUCCUGAGCUGAACUACCAGCUGAAAAUCAAAGUUUGCAUUGACAAGGAUUCCGGUGAAGUUGCUGCCCUCCGGGGGUCCCGGAAGUUUAACAUCCUGGGCACAAACACCAAAGUGAUGAAUAUGGAAGAGUCCAACAAUGGGAGCCUCUCUGCAGAGUUCAAGCACCUGACACUGCGGGAACAGAGGUGUGGUAAUGGCGGAAGAGCAAACUGCGAUGCCUCCCUCAUCGUCACAGAAGAGCUCCAUCUCAUCACCUUUGAGACAGAGGUUUACCACCAAGGCCUGAAGAUUGACCUAGAGACCCAUUCCCUCCCUGUGGUGGUGAUCUCCAACAUUUGCCAGAUGCCCAACGCCUGGGCGUCAAUCUUGUGGUACAACAUGCUGACAAACAACCCCAAGAACGUCAACUUCUUCACCAAACCACCCAUUGGCACUUGGGACCAGGUGGCCGAAGUGCUGAGCUGGCAGUUCUCCUCCACCACCAAGCGAGGGCUCAGCAUAGAGCAGCUGACGACACUGGCAGAGAAACUACUUGGCCCUGGCGUCAAUUACUCCGGAUGUCAGAUAACAUGGGCGAAGUUCUGCAAGGAGAACAUGGCAGGCAAAGGCUUCUCCUUCUGGGUCUGGCUGGAUAACAUCAUCGACCUGGUGAAGAAGUACAUCUUGGCCCUGUGGAAUGAAGGAUAUAUCAUGGGAUUCAUCAGCAAGGAGCGGGAGAGAGCAAUCCUGAGCACGAAGCCCCCCGGUACCUUCCUGUUGCGAUUCAGUGAGAGCAGCAAGGAGGGUGGGAUCACCUUCACCUGGGUGGAGAAGGACAUUAGCGGGAAGACACAAAUCCAGUCAGUGGAGCCGUACACCAAGCAACAGCUCAACAGCAUGUCGUUUGCUGAGAUUAUCAUGGGCUAUAAGAUCAUGGAUGCCACCAACAUCCUGGUCUCCCCACUUGUCUACUUGUAUCCUGAUAUCCCCAAGGAGGAGGCUUUUGGAAAAUACUGCCGCCCUGAGAGCCAGGAGCAUCCCGAAGCCACUGACCCAGGUAGUGCUGCUCCAUAUCUGAAGACCAAGUUCAUCUGUGUGACCCCAACCACUUGCAGUAAUACUAUUGAACUGCCUAUGUCACCCCGCACUCUCGAAUCUCUGAUCCAUUUUGGCAGUAAUGGUGAGGGAGCAGAGGGGAACGCCAGUGGCCAGUUUGAGUCCUUGCAAGUCUUCGACAUGGAGAUGGCCGCUGAGAGCGCCAACUCUCCCAUGUGAUUGGACUCCUCCCGGGCAGCUGAUCGGUUCUGCAUUUCCCUGGCACAAGAAACACCUUCUUCCUCUUCUUGCAUUGUCGGAUGAGCCCAAUCGGCACCCAGACUCUGCCUCGGCAUGAGACGUUUGAUUGUGGGUCCGUCGCGAGCCGCUUUCAAAUACACCGUCGUCAGCAGCUCCUUGCCUGAGCUCCCGUGACUGGAGGGAAAGCCCUGCUUGAUUUUAGUUGGGCUUUUUCCCCUCCAGAAGAAAAAAAAAAUAGUUCUCCCUCAUGUAUAAAAGCUACUUGUAUCAGGGGUGUUUCUGUUUGUCUUCGCUAGACCAAGUGCCUCUUCAUGUCCACAUUGCUGGCCUCCUGUACAUGUUUGCUGCAUGCCGCAAAAGGCUGCUUGUGCAGCUCACACCAACUUCCAAGGUUUUUAACCAGUCUAUUCGACAAGCUGUGUUGUCAAGUGUAGGCAGGAGGGGAAGGAAGAAGAAAUUGUGGGGGUAUCAUUCUUAGAUAUCGGUGCAACUUUUUUCUGUAUCAUUGCCCACAUUAAAGCUCCAUUUCCCUCCCCACUCAUCUUUCGCUGGCCCACUUCUGCUUAAAAAAAAAACUUGCCAAAUGGUGCGAAGGUGAAUGUAGGCCUAGCACCUAGGCCCUUCAAGGUAAGAUACCUGUGUUCCCCAGGGCUAGAGAAAGGCCAGGGGCAUUGGACACCUGUGCACACUUUGCACUUGGUUGCCAGCUCCGGGAAUUUCUAUUUUUUAAAUACUUUUUUUCCACCAGCACUAGGCUAAUUCCAGUUUUACAGAUAGGGAACGAAAGUUGUUAGAAUUAUGUGCUCACCAUUAAUGGAGCAACCCUUGGCAGAAGUGGGGUUUUGACCCAGGACACUCAAAUUAGCGGUGGAGAGCUCUUCUCUUCUGCGCUUAAGCCCAGAUGAGGCAACCGAGCUGAGUCAAGAGCUCACCUGCUAGAUUCACACUUGGAGAUCUGUUCACUCCGGUUAUCUUUUUUAAAAUAAUUAUUAUUUAUUGCACUUUUAUCCUGCCCUUCCUUGAAGGAGCCCUGGGCAGCAUGCACACCUCCGCCCCUUCCUUUCCCCUUAUCCUUUUAUCCUCUCAACAACCUUGCGGUGUAGGUUAGGGAUGACAAGGAUUCCUCCUGUAAGGUAGAUUAGUGGCAGCAAUAGGCCUGAGCUUUCUGGCUAAGUCAGGCUUUGAACCCGGGUCUCCUGAUUCUAGCCACUGCACUCUCAUCUUAGCUGUUGUGUUAGGAGCAAAGAGGCAAAAAGCGUUCCUGCCAGCGUCUCUCCUCUCCUCCCACCCCAAACCGGGCUUUGUCUGGCUUGCCCAUUUCCUACGCUUUCCCAUUUUUAAAAUAUUCUCGGCUGUAAUUAUUUUUUAUUACUAUCUGCCCAGUCAUUCUCUCCACCUCCUGGGGCUUAAGCCUGAGCUGUACCUGAUGCUAGUCGGCUGUUGCUUGCCUGAGAUAACAAUUGGCAGUCUGGCAUAGGCAAACUAGAACUCAGACGCUGAUAAUCUAGUUGUAAAUCUCAGCUGUUGGGCUUGUGCGAGUUCAUAGAAUUGUAGCCUCGUAGAGAUGGGCAGGAACCCAAAGGAAUGAGGAAUCACAGCUGCAGAUUCCUGCUUUGCAGGGGGGGGUUGGAUUAGGUGACCCUUAGGGUCCCUUUCAGCUCUGCAAUAGCCCAGUGGGCUCUCCCGGCACUGAGAGAGAAUGAUGCAACAAGUAUUUUCCAGUAUUACUUAGAGGCGUUGGCUAAACAGGAGGCAGUUCGUGGUCAGAGCUGUCCUCUUUCCCUACACCAGACUUCCUCAACCCAGAGUGUAGUUCAGCAACCUUUGGAGGGAAAAGCAGGCCCUUGCUAUUACGAAGAGAACUUGCCUCCUUCAGAAAUGCCAAGCCUUAGAAAGCGUACCAACUAGUGCAAAGCUGCCCUAAUUCCAAAAUAGCUUAUAUACCCCAAAUUCUUAGUACCAAAGCUACUCCCCCAUCAUCACCGCCAAAAAUUUCCUUUUUUUUUCUUUUAUAGCUAACUGCUCCCCAAAGCGUAAAUAUCUUAAUAGUAUGUUUUGUAUAUUUUAUUGCUGUAUCUACAGGCUUAAACUUUCUCUUAAAUAAAUAAAUGUCCUUAACACCACA